AUGUCGCUCGCUCAGCAUGUCACUCAGGCCGAAGGCUUUGAUUAUGAGCGCCCUGCAAAGCAGGUCGGACACGACAAUAGUGAGGCCGUCUGUGGCACACUUCAGCCGGGAGCGAUAGACAUAAACAACGACGAUCCACAAUGGCGGCGUUUGAGUUUCGCCCCCCUAAAGACAGACCACGUAGAGAAGCCAAUCGCAGCGUACAAGGUCUCGAACGCGAAGCGAUGGGUGCAGGUAGCAACCGGAAUUGUGACUUGUUGGCUCGCUUCGGGCAUUGUUUUCGGUUUCGCCGCUCUCAAGCCUGUUCUAAUCUCUGAAGGAGUAUACAGCGAGCUAUGCGAUGCCAAUGACCCGAAUUCACUUGAAGAUGGCGAGUACAUCCCAUGCGUCGAGCAGGACCUACGUCUGAACCUAUUCUUCAUCGUUGCAUCCGUUACGACGAACGUUUCUUCUCUGUUGGCUGGUUCCGUUCUUGAUCGCUACGGCAGGCGGGUUUGUUGGAUCGUGUCAUCCAUCUGCCUCGCCAUCGGCUGCGUCUUGAUGGCUGCUUCGCACAACUUCACCAGCUUUGAUGGAUACUUCCUCGGCAACAUUUUUCUUGCCCUGGGUGGUACCUUUGUAUUCGUGUCCAGCUUCCAGCUCGCCAACGCAUUCCCCAAGUACAGCGGGCUUAUCAUCGCACUGGUUACGGGUGCGUUUGAUGCGUCUGCCGCUGUAUUCCUCCUCUAUCGCAUGGUCUACGAAGCGACAGACGGAAACCUUUCACUUGAAAAGUUCUUUUACGCAUACAUUUCCAUUCCUGCUCUAAUCCUUAUCGCUGAGCUUACGUACAUGCCGGUUCGUUCUUAUCACACUACCCCUCAGCUAGAGCAAAAGAUCGAACGAGCUCAAGACGAGACGCGCGAUUGUCACGAAUCGGACGAGGAAAUCGAGGACGCCAGAGAGCUUCGGAGGAUUCGAAACGCUCGAGCAGAUCGCCGGUUGGCCAAAUUAGACCAGAUUGAGGAGGUUGCUGGCGAUGCUGGGCAACGUGAAGAGCGCGUCAAGGUCAAUGAAGAGCGUCAGGAAGCGAGCGGUGUGUGGGGCGUUUUGCAUGGUGUUCCGGCUCAUAAGCAAAUGCAGAGCCCAUGGUUCAUUCUCAUUCUGCUUCUCACCAUUGUGCAGAUGCUGAGAAUGAACUACUUUAUUGCCACAAUUCGGGCCCAGUACCGGUUUAUGUUGGGCUCUGAGGCCGAUGCCGAUGCUAUCAACCGCUUCUUCGAUGUUGCUCUACCAAUCGGUGGUUUAGUAUCUACUCCAUUUAUUGGCAUCCUACUUAACAACCUCAGCGUGCCCAUAACGUUCGGGGUCUUGACCGUCCUGAUUGUUGCUAUUGGGGCUCUCAAUUGUCUCCCCUUUGGCUGGGCAGGAUACACCACGGUCGUCCUCUUCGUCAUAUUCAGACCUCUCUACUAUUCGGCUAUAUCUGAUUACGCAACGAAAGUCUUCAGUUUCGAAACCUUUGGGCGCAUUUACGGCACCAUAGUCUGUGUGUCCGGCCUAAUUAACUUUUCUCAAUCCGGUCUUGAUGCACUUACACAUGGUCCUCUACAUGGCGACCCAACACCAGUCAAUAUCACGCUCGGAGGUGCGGGCGCCAUUAUUGGAGUCGCUCUUACCGUGUUUGUUGCCAUCAAGGGCCGCACGUUUGUCAAGAAGGAGAAGCCCGCAUUGGACGCCACCGAAGAACGGCAAAGACUCUUGUCGUCCGUAGGGCAGGAUUAUGGUAGUCGAGAGUGA